GGAUCAUUGUCCUCUAGAGUAGUACAACAAUAUACUGUAGACGCCAAUUCUACAGUAUUCUACAGUAUUCUACAGUAUUCUACAGUAUUCUACAGUCAAGGGAUACUAUUGACGCCAAUUCCACUACUGGAUUAAGAUUAUCAAGAACGACACCAAUUUCAAAAUUAGAGAGAUAAUCCAGUAGUAGAAUAGCAGCCACACCGACAUCAACAUCAUGACACGACAUACUCGUCGGCAACUCCGUUCCACUCCUGCAGGCCCUUUUCUCCGGCUUGUGGUUAAGUGGGCAAUGUCGACAAUGUCGAUGAUGACACUUCUUGUGGCCGCUUCUCCAAUGAUGAAGGGCGAUUUCGUCACGUUGACGUCCAGUUUCGUGAAGCCAUUGGCGCAUAACAUGGACACCUUCCAGUACACCCAAGUCGGCCUCUGCGACUCGAAAGUCCGAAUGGAUUACAUGUUAGCAUUGAACGUCACAAGCAAGAUCGUCUGCGAACAACGAUUGAGCGAUGAUCAGGUACUACAUGCCUUGUACUACGUAAUUAGCGUUAGGGUACAUGAAUGAGAUAGGUACAUGAAUGAAAAGCGCGGCUAGGUUGUGGCUCUUGAGGUUCUCUACUAGAUCCAAUGGUGAUGGAUGCGGAUAAUGCGCACGUGUAAGCCGAUAGAAAAUCCAUGUGAUCAUGAAGCCCGUCACCAACCAAAACGGAAAAAUCUAAUUAUUAGCAUAGGCUUUUUCAAACAAUCUUAAUCUCCUCGCAACAGGUGAAAGCUUUGGAACUGUUAAUCGAAUACGAGUACUAUGUGCGGUAUCAGAAUGCCAACUACACGCGACAACACCUGGACUUUUUUCUGGGUGUGAAGUUGGACAACAUGGCUCAUUUCUCGCAAUUCAUGCAACAACAUCACUCUGACGGAGAUGCUAUGUUACGGCGGUUGUUGUUGAUAGUGACGAUCAGGCAGGUGACCUUCACUCGAUCGCGAAGAUGAUGAAAAAAUUAUAUAAUGAGGCUGAAAUAAAUAUACGGUACCAUCACGACAACUUCUACGUACAGAAUUGUACUUACAGUUAUAGUUUUCACUCUUGCUCCACUUCCAGCAGCACAUCGCAGUACAUCGUAACUUAGUUCCUACGCUGCUCUAAUUCCUGCCAUCCCGCGAGACUUCCGUUACGGUGGGCGUGACCCGAGCAAACCGUCUUACUGGGUGUAUACGCACAAGGUCUUCGUCUUCUACUUUGACCCAGAUACUCGUGAAAUCCUGGAUUCCAUGAUCGAGGUCUCAGACUUGAGGCUCGUAUCCAAGAUGUCGGAUUUGGUACCACAUACAAUUGAGACUCGUAUCAAAGAUGUCGGAUCUGGCACAUUUAGAACACAAGCAUUUUGAGUUGAAGAUUCAAGGUUUCUUUAUCCUCUGGACACACUGUUGGAACUGUUUCAUCCCGCCGGUAGGCUUGAAGGACUACUUGGGAUGUGAAGGAAUGAAUGAAUGAGUCUGAAUGACACUUAGAUACUGUUCAAAGAAUUUGACCUCCAUCUACUUCCGGUAUCUCUUUAGUCUUUCCGCCAUACGACUUACUGGCUACCACGGAAGAGCUCGGAGUUUCACCACGCCGCAGCCCCACCUGCAGGAAUGGAAGCUGAGUUCGAUGUUCAUCCUUACUUCCUUGUCGCUCCCGUCAUCUUCACUCUCGCGAUUUUUCUUCUCUUAAGGCUACGCUAAUGGGAGUGGUAGUGGAGCUAGGUGCGUAGUAAUAUUAAAUCGAAGAUGCACGACCUGCACUUAGACCUAUACCUGUAUAGUAUGUAUUUUGAAGUAACAUAUUGGAGUGCUACUAGCAUCAGCAUGCGCCGCAUGGACCCAACGCCAACUAAAUUUAGAUUUAUAUAUAAUAUCACCAUUCACACUCUCUAAUCCUUGUCGCGCGAGCUGGCGGUAUGGGGGCUUCUGGGAAAGCAGCUGGCGUAUUCGCUGAUGUCGAGGAAGAUGGGGAGAACGUCUUGCACGAAGUAGAAGUCGAGGGCAUGCUAUUUGGCGGCGAUUCGUUGACACCCAAGUUAAGGAUUGCAAAAUGAGUUGGCCUAAUUUGUAUUUUAGGAGGAUCAUGUCUACGACGAUGACGCUCACUUUCUCAGGCAGUACUGCGAAUGCCAUAGAUCGCGAUAUACACGAACGAGACCACGAACGUGAUCCCUACGUUCUCGUAAAUCCUAAGAUGCAUACUAAACCAAGUACAUAGAAAUUUCUAACGAAAGGGUUUCCUUUGGCAGACGCCCAUCAUGUUGGGUGCAUGCGUUUGAUUCAGAGGAAGAUCUUCCAAAUGGCACGCCGUGAUCCAUUAGCGGAUGAUCCAGUAGUCAAGGGCAUGCAGCAGGUCGUGACAGUAAAAGGAGUACCACAGAAACCAAGUGUGUCUAGUACUGCCAGUUUCCUCCGUAUUGCUUCGGAAAUGCGCACAUUAGCGCUACUGGUCGGAAUCGAAACCAUCGUCUUGGCCACUGCUUUCGUGUCCGUUUCGACGGUCGGCUUACCGUGGGAAGGCAAGGACUCAUUGCAAAAUGGAUUUUUAUUGUCGGUCGCCUUUUCAGGAGUCAUCAGCGGUUUGUUCUUCGCAUCCUCAGUGUGUGGAGAAGCGAUAGUGCUGAUGAAGCAGCGGACUGGGGGACUUUUUUAAGGUUACAGUUUGUAUAUGACCUCAUGUCGCUGUCACAAUGAAAAAAUCAAACCCACUUUCAAGAAACGACACUCAGGAACUACUAGAUUAAGGACGACAACGAGUAGGUUAGAGCAAGAGGGUCUGUGUUGUAGCUGGUAUGUAUGUAUGUAGCACGUUGCAGUUCACCAACAGGCACAUCUUUCUCACACUUACACUUAGACUUUGACUUACUAUAAGUAUUAUAUAUAAGAUGAUAGUUCAUCAUCAUCAUCAUCUAAUAUACGGAUAAAUCCUCUUCCGCGCCGAAGGGGAAUAUGCGCAACGAUUUCUUCGUGAUGAAGACGACUUCGAAUGGAGCUCUCUUACCGAGUGCUCUACCUGGAGGUGCUGGCUCAGCGACAACUGUGAAGAAACUUGGCUUUGCAAAAGCAAACCUUGGAGAGUCACCAUUUCAAGGUGGUGCAUCGUCAAAGAACACUCAUCUUCAUAAUUUUACUGGUGAAGGAAGAUUCUCUUUCCCAACUGAGGAGGAGGUAAGGAAGAAUUUCGACAGUGAUGAUGGUUGGACUGCUUCUUCUUCCUCUCUUGGAGGUCUUGCGCAUCUCACGCGUCCGUGUCUGGUCUUCCUCGUUUUCAAGACACUGCUAAACUUGAUCAGCUUCGGCAGUUUCUUAGACGGAAACGUUAAGGCGUCAACUUCUUGGAAAUCCAUUUGUUUUCGUUCCUCAGGAUGGUCUUCUUGGAUCGUGGAGUCAAGGUUUUCGGAGUACUUACUUGUGAAUUUAGAAGGAACUAGAGGAUCUGGACCAGGCAGAUGCUCCUUGCUAGAUAGAUUGAUUUUUUCUACUACGUUAUCGAGUUUUUGCUCUACGUUAACCUCUUCUAAAAACCGACGCUUCGCCAUGGUAGCAGGGAACACAUUUGGUCUCCUUCUUGGCCUUACGGUCGCAGUGAAAACCGAUCUUGGGGCUCUCGCAAUGAUGAUGUGUUUGCCUCUCACUUCAGGGUCGGAUUCACUGAGCAGACUGGGAGGAGGUGUGGGCAAGAACAAUAGCAGUACUGGUGCCACAACAUCGAGCAGUAGGCCUUAUUCUUCUUCUUCCCAUUUGACGAGUACGCCUUCUUUAAACAUUGCCGCACACGUGAUAUUUGGUGUUUUGCAUGGUGGGGGGAUAAUCGGAUACACGCUGGCACUCUAUAACGCAAUCGGCCGUCGCGAAGUGCUAUUGGCACUAACGCUUGGCCCCGACAGCGGCACAGCGAGAAUGAAUUUACAUUAUGAAUUUGGAUUCUCUUCUCAAAGUUGAAUCUUCAAAUCUUCUUGCCUUCCACCGAUUGCAUUGUUGUAGAAAUGCAUUGAGCUGGAAUUGGAAGAAAUGCUAAUGCGCGUGUACUUUACUAGUUAAAUCCACAUUAUGAUAACCGUUCUGUUUGAGUAUUUGCUCUUCACACCUCGAUCUAUUAGUUACAUCCUCUAAUUCCCAGAAUCCGUGGUGACCCUUCUCCUGUGGGCGUUGAUGGUGUCUCUGUAUGCCAGUUUGCUGUCUCUCGCAUCGGGUCUUUUCCCGAAGGGUCGUGUUUCCGCAACAUUGUGGCAUGCUGGAGGAAGCGGAUUCGCGGGUUGCGCGAUGCUUUACUACUUCUCGCACGCAGCGAGUAGCGAGGACGCGCUGUCAGUGUUGGCGCACUUUUUUAUGGCUCGUACCUACAUGUGAAAUACAGUAUCAGUGUGUAGUAAUGCGAAACGAACAUUUUAGUAGUGUUCAUUUUUUCAGAGAAGUUGCAAAUACUUAGACAUGCGGACGAGUUUCGCGAUACUUGCCCUGAGAUACAGGACUUCACUCUAUCAGUAUUGAUUUUGCUUAUCGAAAAAAUAAUUCCCAAAUGCUCCUAAAUGCUCUAACUCCCGGACAAACUUCGCACAUUUCUUGGUACUCUUCGCGAGUGUGUGCUUCUGCGUCACCUACGUGGGAUCGAGGCUCAUUCUCAAUGGCGUCAUUCGUCCAGUCGGCGGUUUGAAGAAGGCAUCGGCUGCAUGGUAAUUUCAUUUUGAAGAAUGAUGAAGGAGAAGGAGUAGAUUGUUGUAACAAGUUUUUAGAAUUCUCGAUUUCUUCUACUUAUACCAAGAAGUUUGAGCGAAGGGAAGAGUAGACACUACAGGACUUUGCUUGCAGGUGCUUGCGUACAGUACGCUGACUUUGAGUGGUAGUGAUAGGCAUAAAAUGCAAAUCGAAUGAAGUGAUGAAUCGUGGUUGUGCAACUCAAAAAUAAGAUGAUACUUUUUUAUGCAUAUGCGAAAUUUACCAAGUAUCGCAAUCUUGAGUAUAGUCAGCGUAGAGAAUGAUAGAUAUGAGAGAACUUUUUUUGAUGUCGAAAAUCUACCUGCUUUUAUGUAACACAAACAUUUGGAAAAGGAAAGCCUAGUCGUGGUCGCAAGCUACUACAGGAGCUAAGUCCUUAGUCACUGGGAUGUCCUUCUAAUUGUAUCAAUAUGUUGUCAUAUUCAAACACUCUAUCAUGUUGGAAUGUUAAAUAGUAUUAAUGCACUCUUCUGAUCUGUUUUUUUUUGGAAUUUGAGUAUUUCUGCGGUUGAUGGAAGUUGUGGGUGAGGAUAAUCUCAUAUUGAGGAUAUUUUAGUAAAUGUAAACCUUCUAAUUACUAUUUCCGAAAUGGUGUUGUAUUUCAGAAGAUAGCAGUUGUGAAAAUUAUGAAGAGACUUGCACAGAAAUGGUGAACAAGAUUUUUGGUCUUUCUACUGCGAUUACCCUUCUUUUAGUUUUAGAUAUGAUGGGAUAGGCAUAUGAUUAAGAACCAUCUAAGCAUUGGGAUCAGCAUCAGGAAAGCAGGAUGAUAGAUAGUAAGAACCUUUAUGGUUGGCAGUACCACGACCAGAUACAAAAGAUACUGUCCGCCAGAACAAAGGUGCUAUAGCAUAAUAGCAUUUGAGAUCGUGUUUUUUGGGAAUAUGUGAGGCAAACUCCAAUUCUUGUCCUUAUCAAUCUUGGUUUUUGAAAAGUCUUGAAAAUCAAAGGCACCUUUGGAGGAUGAGGUGAGCGAGAUGUUGAAGAUAACCGCGACAUCUUCACUUUCAUG